GGAAAUUGGAAUUGUAGCGCUGAAGCUUGUCUUCGAGCUUGAAAUUGCAGGAAGCAAUGCUUAGAAAUUCCAGAGAUUUUUUCCCUUAGAAUGUCAAUUUGGAAUGCAAUUCUACAGUUCUAGUUUUUCACGGAGAAAAUUGCCGAGCGUUGGGUUCUAGUAGUCUCUGAGUUGCUCUAUUCUCUGAUUUUUGGUUCUUAAUCGAGAAAUAAGCGUUGAAAAGGAAGAUAUACGUACUUUAGGUGUAAAAUGAUUGAUCUGUUUCUGGCUGAGCCUAUCUUUAACGAAGAAGAGGAUGUUGGCUCUGCGAAGUUGAGAAUUUCUUUGUUAAGCAGAUUAGAAACUGUUUUAUGGAAAUUGCUGGCUUCUGGAGGACGGUCCGAGGUCCGAUUAUGGCUUUCUAAUACUAUAGCUAGUAUGACAUCUAUCAGUCCCCAGCAUCAGCGAGAACUGUUCAUGACCUUUCUGAGAUCGAAGCCACUGAAGUGGGACUUUGCAUCUCACUUACUGCAAAUGUUCUUUGAAAAGAGACAACGAGAAGCAGGAGUUCUCAUUGCCAAGAGAAGCUACAUCAUGGAGAAGUUUUUUGAAGGAAACCCAAGACGAAUAUCUCAGUGGUUUUCGAAUUUUGCUACAAAUGGUGCAUCAGAUCAUGGAAAAGGUGCCAAGGCCUUGGCACAGUUUUCUUUUGUAAAUCGAGACAUUUGCUGGGAGGAGCUUGAGUGGAACGGGAAACACGGGCAGUCUCCUGCCGUGGUUGCAACAAAGCCCCAUUAUUUUCUUGAUCUGGAUGUGCAUCAAACUGUGAAGAAUUUCAUUAAGAAUGUACCUGAGUUUUGGUAUUCCAAUGAGUUUGCCGAGUCACUAAAAGAUGGUGAAAUUUUGUUCCUCGAUACAAAAUUCUUUGUGAAAUAUCUCUUCGAUCAAAUGCUUAAAGAUGAUUCAAGAGAUGUUUGGGAUGCCAUUAAUGAGUUCCUAACGCAGGAGUCAUUUUCUUCAUUAUGUCAACACCUCCUUAUUACUCUUGAAGAAGCUGAUUUCUGCUGCUUUCUAAAAAUGCUAUGUAAACUUCUCCGCCCCAGUCUGGAAACCAAGGAUUUUGGUAAUUCAUCUUUUCUGUUUGAGGUCAUACUUUCUAAAUAUGGUGACUCUGAAUCUCUAGAUCAGAUUUUACUAUUAAAUGCUGUCAUUAAUCGAGGACGCCAACUUCUACGGUUUGUACAAGAUGAAGAUGCAGAGGAAGAAUUGGAUGAAAUCAAGAAUAUUAUUUACGAGAUUUCAGCAAUCUCAAGCGACACUCAUAGCUUAUCCCCGCUAUUGAAAGAGUGCUACAGGAGAAAAAAGACAAUAGAGGUGAUAAAAUGGCUAGGGCUUCAGUCUUGGGUUCUUCACUAUAGAAUGUCAGAUGAAUGUCAAACUUCUGAGUUAUGGGAAUUCUUGUUUGUUGAUAAUGGCAUAUGCUUCCGAAAAUCUAAUGAAUAUGCACUGUUAGAUCACAGCUGUCUAUCAGAAGACGAUGGUUUUGAACCAUGUAAUACGGCAUCAGUUAAAUCUAAGAAGCGAAAAAGAGGGAAAAAAGGUAGAAAAAGAAGAAAAAGGAACUCUGACGAUGAGGAUAGCUGUGACUAUGAGCUGUUGGACUUUGAUAUUAAAAGGGAUAAAACGGAUUUGAAGUUAAACACUGGAAGUUGGUUGCUUUCCAUUGACAACUAUACCGUACCAUGGAAUGCUAUUGAUCUACCAGAAUACCUAUCAAAGCAUUGUAUGGCUUCAUGGAUGAAAUGGCUGCGGCGUAAACCGUUGGGGAAUUCCCUCCGCCGCGGGCGCCGUUCUGUAGAAAUGAACGGAGAAGCUGAGCAAAAACCAGAGGCUCGGCGACUCCGAGAACUGGCUGAGACGAAGUUCAGAGAUUCCAAUCUCAAAUCUGCUCUCAAAUACGCCAAACGAGCCCACCGCCUCGAUCCAAACCUCGACGGCGCCGCUGAAAUCCUCACCUCCCUACAGAUUCUCCGAGACGCCGCCGGCUCUCCGGACGAAUGGUACCGGAUUCUUCAGGUGGAGCCCUUCGCUCACAUCAACACAAUAAAAAAACAGUACAAGAAGCUGGCUCUGCUUCUGCAUCCCGAUAAGAAUCCCUAUGCCGGUUCCGAGGAGGCGUUCAAGCUCGUCAGUGAGGCGUUUCGCUUUCUGUCCGACAAGGUUAGGAGGAAGGAGUACGAUUUGAAGCUCCGGAUACGGAUUCAGGACGAGAAGUUUGGAGAUGCAGAUGCGGAGGUUGCUACGGAGAGCGAAACGUUUUGGACUGCUUGCUCGACUUGCCAAUUGUUGCACCAGUUUGAGAAAAGGUACGUAGGCUAUAAUUUGGUGUGUCCUAGUUGUAGAAAGAGCUUUAAGGCCGUUGAGGUCGUGCAUAAUGAACCUGAAAUUGUGGAAAAUGGACACAUGGUUAGGGGUAGAAGGUUGAGGAAUUUGAGUUCUAGGCAAAAUUCUGGUAGUUUUCAGGGAUUAGAACCACCUAGCUCGAGAAAAAAAGUGAGUACCACUCAAUCGAAGAGAAAUUCUUCAGUGAAGAAAACUAGCGGUGAGAAGGAGAAGGGUACGGAAAUGAAUGGAAAAGCUGUUUCUGUAGAAGAUGAACUUAGAAGUGGAGACUUGGAGGAAGAACAUGAUAGUGAUGAUGAGAUAUGGAGUAGAAGAAGAUUAAGAAGUGGGAGUAUGAGGAAGAAGAUGAGUAGUGUUGAUGAGGUUUUGGAGAGGUCGAAGUUGAAGCCUGUAAAAAUGGAGGAAGAAAUGAUGACUUUGGCUGAAUUACAGUCUCAGGUGAUUCGGAAAGCUCGAAAAGAGAAGAUGAAACUGAAGUUAAAGGAGGAGGAGGAAGCAGAGGAAAGAGAGAAUAAGAGGAAGAAGGGCGUUGAGGAUGGUGACGACAACGAUGAUGACGAGAGGCUAACCUUGAAAGAGAUGGAGGGUCUACUACGGAUUCGUCGGCAAGAAGCAUCGAAGAGGGCCGGGUUCCUGAGAAACGAAAAACAAAGGAACUUGAAGAAGGAUGUGAAUCUGGAAAUUAAGAAGCAAGGAUCUUCUUGUGAUUUGGAUAUGAUGGUGGAAGAUUCAGAUUUUUACGAUUUUGACAAGGAUAGAAUGGAGAGAAGUUUCAAGAAAGGGCAAGUUUGGGCUAUAUACGACGACGACGAUGGAAUGCCGAGGCAUUACGGUUUGAUCGAAGAAGUUACUGUAAACCCAUUUGAGGUGAAAAUGAGUUGGUUGGAUGUUCAAAACAAUGGGGAAGAAAGGCUACUUUCUUGGGAGAAAUUGGGAUUUCAUGUUUCUUGUGGUAGAUUUAAGGUCUCUAAGAAAACAACCAUUGAUUCAUUGAACAUUUUUUCUCAUGUUGUGGAUUGUGAAAGAGCAGCAAGGGAAGUCUACAGGGUUUAUCCCAAAAAGGGUUCAGUUUGGGCACUUUACAAAGAACAAGAAGCUUUGGAUGCUGAGAAGAAACGAAACGUUUCGAGUAAAGAGAAGCGAACUUACGACAUCGCGGUGUUUCUAACAACUUAUAGUGAGAUGCACGGUUUAAGUAUGGCUUAUCUCGAGAAAGUUGAUGGAUACAAGACGAUAUUCAAGAGAAGGGAGAUUGGUUAUCAUGCUAUUAGAUGGUUCGGGAAGGACGAUAUUCAGUUAUUUUCGCAUCAAAUUCCCGCUCGGAAGCUUUCUGUAGACGAGGCAUUUGGGCAUCUGAAGGGCUGUUGGGAGCUUGAUCCAGCAUCUCUUCCUUCAGAUUUGGUAACCACCUGCAGGAGCAGAUAGCAUCUGAGUGCAAAACUCCCUUGCUGUUCGUCGACGGUAUUCGGGCGAUCUAAUUAUCGGGUAUGUACUUGCUAACCAUGUAGGUUUAAUCCAAUAAUGCAUUAUGAUUUGUAGCAUAGCAUAAGAGAGGCAUUGUAGUGUAUAGAUCAAGGCACAAUAUCUUCUAGCCAUAACCAUACUCUUCAUAAAUCUAAUAUUGUUCGCCAAGUAUUGAUGGGU